GUUUAUUUGUUGACUGUGAACUCUUUGUUCCGUUGUGUUAAAGCAGCUAAUAUACAGUGAGUCGUGAGUGAAAAAUUGGUAGAAAUAGACAAUAAUUAAAGACAAGUGUGUGUAGUUUGUGGCAGACCAUACUGGAAGUAAUCCAACGUGAGUUUUCGUGUUUUUCCAACUCGUUCGUCGUGCUGCCAGUUACUGAAAUGGAUUUGGUUGGCUCAGAUCAUUGUGAGGAUCAGAACCCGGAUGUCGAUAUCAGUACAAGUAGCAAUAGGAUGUCUGAACCUGCAGAGAUCAUCAUUGAAUAUGAGCACACCUUCACAAGUACCGAUGCCAAAAUUGGACAUUCUACUCCUAAGCGGAAAAGGAAUGAAUCUAUGAGUGCUGCAGUUAGAGAUGGAGGGCUGAAGAGACUGACAAGUCCUCAAUCAGACAACUGUGAUGUCUUGUCAAUAUCUUCAACUACAGUGACAGCAUCUGAAUGCAAUAUAAGUAACAACUCUGACACUGUUUUGGCAAGAAAUGAUAGUUCAAUUACUCUGUCGGCCAGCUCAUUGUCAGCAACAGUUACUGCAAGCUCUGAUGAUGUACCUAGAGAACUACCAAGCAUCUCGGGGAAAAUGACUAGGCAUAGGCAAAUAAUGCAGCAAAGAUCCAAAAUGCAUAAGCAUGUAUGGAACAUUUCUGGCAAAACUGUAGGUAGCGCAGAAAAAACAAUAGCGUCUCUGAAAAAGAAAAUUAAAAAUCUUCACCAGCAAAAUCGCAGACUGAAGUCUAAAAAAGUAUAUUCCCAGCAAUCAUUAAUGGAGUAUUUGAGGGAGACAUGUGGUUUGACGCCAAAUGCAGGACUAGUUUUGAAUGUAGAAGCAGUACACCCCCUUUGGUUUGACAAGAUGUGGAUGCAUUAUGCAUCAUUGCGUUGGCCUGAUUCAAAGGAUCUACAUUCAGCUAUCAUAAGAUUAGUGUGCCAGUCAACGGAUUUGAUGCAUGACGCUGAACAUUCAACAAACUGCGAUAUGAAUAUUUGUUGGGAUGAUAACGAGGUUGAAAGGAUCAGGAGACUAAUUCGGAAGUACGAGGAAGGGCAGAAGUUGUGUGCGCAGUAUCUACAAGAAGAUUGUACUGUUGAGCAGUCUUGUAGUGAUAUGAUUAAUUAUAACCUUAGAUCAUUUCUGUGUGAGAUUGCAAGGUAUUUACCUCCGGAAAUUAUCCUCAAAUAUAACCUCGAGUAUGAGGAUUGA